ACCAAAUAUUGAUUAAUGGUACUUACUUGCAAACUACAACAGGAUUCAAUGGCAAGUCUGAGAUUCCUUUGUUGUGGGAUACUCUUAUUUGCAAGUAUUCCUGUUAAUCCAAUUAGUUGCCACGCUCAGUCAAAGCCUGGAGGUGCAACACAUAAAGCCUUGUUUGUGUUUGGAGACUCCUUGUUUGAUCCUGGCAACAACCAGUAUCUAAAUGACAGCAGAAAAGGAAUUGCAACAACCUUUCCUUAUGGAGAAACCUACUUCAAACGCCCCACUGGAAGACUUUCUGAUGGCCGCACAGUGCCUGAUUUGAUUGCCCAGUUUGCCAAUUUGCCUAUACUUCCACCAUACCUGCAACCGGGUGCUCAUCAAUUCACUGAUGGAGCAAACUUUGCUUCUGCUGGAGCUGGAGUUCUUGAUGAAACUCAUCCUGGAACGAUACGUCUGAGGUUGCAGCUAAGCUAUUUUAAGGAUGUGACGAAAUCACUGAAGCAGAAACUAGGUGAAGCAGAAGCCAAUAGGGUGUUGAGGAAUGCGGUUUAUUUGUUUAGCAUUGGAGGCAAUGAUUACUUCAGCUUUUCUCAGACAAACCCCAGAGCUUCUCAGUCCUCCAAGGGUCAAUAUGUUAAAACAGUCAUUGGAAACCUAACAUCUGUGCUCAAAGAGAUAUAUAAUAUAGGAGGGAGGAAAAUUGCAUUUCAAAAUGCAGGGCCAUUGGGUUGCCUACCAGGAAUGAAAUCUUUUGAUCCUAAGCUUGGAAGUGCUUGCUCUGAGGAACCCUCAUCACUAGCAAGACUACACAACAGAUAUCUAGCUGUUGUCCUUAAGAAGCUAUCAACCCAGUUCCCAGGAUUCAAAUAUGCAAUAUUUGAUUACUACAGUGCACUUGGUGACAGAGUUGCUAACCCUUCAAAAUAUGGAUUCAAAGAGGGGAAGGCUGCAUGCUGUGGCAGUGGACCUUACAGAGGAAAGAAUUGUGGGAACACAAUAAAUGGAACUCAAUCCUUCGAGUUAUGCAGUAAUCCUGGAGAAUAUGUUUGGUUUGAUGGUGGACAUACUACAGAAAGAGCUAACACUCAACUAGCUAAGCUGCUUUGGAAUGGAGCACCACCAGUCACAGGGCCUCACAAUAUGAAACAACUUUUUAACCUUUGAUUAUUAGACUAUCUUGUAUGCUUAUUCAGAUUAUGCAGUCUGAUUAGUUUCAAUAAAAUUCUUCAGUAACUUGCUCUGGAAUCAA